UAGCAUUGAACAGCUCUCCAUCAACACCGAGUGAGCGAAGGGCCACUCACUCAGCGACUUCGCUCUGACUCGACAUCUGACCCGGCAAAGCUGCUGCGGCAGAAUAUAGACAUGGCCAACAAUUCCAUGUCGAUACGGCUCGCGCAGACAUGGCGGUCGAUCAGCAAACCUUCAAUUUGCAAUCGAUGUGUACAGUCUCGCAGAAGUUUUGCAAGUCAAGCAACAGCAGCAGCAACACCGUCGCCGCAGAUUGAUUCCGAUUUAGAAGAGGCAUCAUCCUUGACAUCGUCAUCCGCACCACAGUCAUCAUCUAUCGCCCAAUUAGAGCUCCAAGCCUUUGACCCCGUCAAAAAUGCUCGAGCAAGAACGAAACAAUUGCCUCGAAGCAGAUAUCAAUUCCGAAGUCCGAAAUACGACCGCGGUCCUCUCCACCCACAUCAACCACCUGCCCCAUCCGAUCCCUCGAGUCGAGAAUUCGUCCCCGGCCCGUUUUCCAAAACCCGCAUGGAACAAUUCUAUCAUAACAUCAUCGCCCCGGAUUUCAUGACCAUGUGCUACCAACACACACCACCGGGGUUCCGACCGCUCGAGAAAGCUCCUCGUUUACGGUCCUGGGUCGGCGACUCACCCUAUUACGCGAAUCGAAUGCUCCGUGGCCCAAGAGGAGGAGAUGUUCUCCGACUACUGCGAAAACCCAUCACAUUCCGCAACGUACCGCAAGUGGAGCGUAUUACGCUCCAUUCCUUUGUCAACCAGGCUGUCAAGGGUGGUUCAGCGCCACUCCACGUGGCUGGUAUGGUCUUGCAAGCCAUCACUAAUCAAAGAGUGGUGACGCACAAAUCCAAGCAUGGUGAAGCUAAUUGGGGGUUGGUCAAGGGUCGGACGGUCAGUAUGACGGUUGAUUUGAAGGGAGAGAAUAUGUAUCACUUUCUGGGCAAGUUGAUCAAUAUUGCCUUGCCGAGGAUAAAGGAUUGGAAUGGAGUGAGAGCCACGACUGGAGAUGGGUCGGGGAAUCUCAUGUUUGGAAUUGAACCUGAGGUUGUCGCUAUGUUUCCGGAGAUGGAGGUCAACUAUGACGCCUAUCCUCCCAAGAUGAUCCCGGGAAUGCACAUUACUAUUCAUACGACAGCCACCUGCGACAAAGAUGCAAGGUUAUUGCUCCAACAACUCGGAAUUCCAUUUUGGGGUAAAGUUGUCAAUUAGAUUCUCCCAAGAGAGCCGCUAUUUGGUUCUUAGCAGCUAUUUUCCUCACGACAUGAUGGAACUAGGUAUUGGCUGUCGUGCCAACAUUGUACAAUAUAGUUCACGGUUGAGACAUAUGUGAAGGCUUGUGCACAAAAAUGUGAAUAGCGUUGAUAUCCGGAGGGUAUAUUCGCAUGGAUGCGAAAUUCCAACUGGACGAGAUUUCAUCAAUGGUCCUAGAAACUGUUCUAUUCUGCCAGCCAGACCUUCAAGACAGAAAGCUUAUUCGUGCAGCUGGUUCAGCGUAGCGUCGAAAGCUAUCUUGCAAUUUUUGUCCCAACAAA